ACAAUUGUCUAUCUUAUGAUCGAUCAUUUUAAAACGCCAACUUUUGCUUACUAAGCUGAAACGUUUCUUAAAUGGAAGUUUGUGCUUUCAUCUUUCAAAUAUUUUGAGUCUCCCAGCGUACUUAGUUUAAUGUUAUUUUCGUCGACAAUACCUUUAAAAAUUUGUUAAUUUUGUGAGUUUUUGUUUCACCUGAACGGAACUAAAAUGAAAAAAAAAGAUGGGAAUUGUGAUGAUAAAUUGAAAAUUAUGAAUAGAAACCGUGAAUAUUAUGUUUCUAAAAAGUUCAUUUGUUCAGUUGUGCCUUACUUUGAGAAAAUGUUUUGCAGUGAUUUGUUGGAAUCAAAGGAAAACAAAGUGGAGCUGGAUUUUGAUGAACAUGUCUUUGAUUCUAUCCUUAGUUGGAUUCACACAGAAUUAUUCAUCAUGCAAAUGGAUCAUGUGAUCCGCUUUUUUGACGCAGCUGAUUAUUUGAUGAUCAAUGAACGUCUUCAUGAACCCUGUUUGUCAUAUUUCCAUGCAAACUUCACCAUUGAAUAUCUUCCAACUGUUUUAUCUCAAGUUACAAAAGUUUCAAAGUUGAUUGAUUCAGGAUCAAUUGAAAACUUCAUCUGUCGCCACUUCUUGAAAAUCGCUAACACGAAUGUUUUCUUGGAUUACCCAGUUGAGACAAUUGAAGCUAUUCUAAAAUUAGAUUUGGUUGUUGACUCUGAAUAUCGAAUUUUCGAAUCAAUCAUGAAAUGGAUAAAUAAGAAAGCAGAUUUUAGAAAACGAUUACUUCCACAGCUAUUGAAAUGUAUUCGUUGGUCUUUCAUGGAUCCUAAAGAUUUACUUAAAUUAAAGAAUAACGAAUUAAUCAAGUCUUUGAAUAAUAUCGACUCAAUUAUCUCGUCUUGUGUUAAAUCUGAUAUUAAUCGUAGUAAACAAAACUUCUUCAUUUCUAUUCAUCGGAUAGAUGAUUCAAGAUUAAGAAUAAAUGUUUUUGAUAGUGAAUUAUUUUGUUUACCGAUUGGUGAUUUCACCCUAGAUGAUAAAAUGUCACUUGAUUUCGUUCACGGAGAACACAUUUCAGAUAUUUUAUUUGAUUCUGGAAGAGAAGGAAUUCGAAUUGAUUGGUCCAAAAAGACAUUUCGAUGGCUCGACUUCAAAGUUGCUGGUAAAAAUUAUUAUAAUCAGAUUAAUGAGUCGAUUGUGAAGUUUUCAGCUGAUCUUAGGUUUCAUGACCGUUAUUUAGAAGACAAAAAUACAAAAUUGCCUUCAUCAAUUUCCUGGGAUGAGAUCGUGUUUCUUGAAGCUAAUGCUAACAAUAAUUUCAUACUGAUUGGUAAAACUAAAGACGAGAAGAAGUGGUUUGGUCUUUUCCCAGUUAUACAUGAAAGUUGGUUCAAUAAUUUUAAAAAUUAUGGGCACUCUUUUCAAGCCACUGUUUUGGACGAUGUUGUUUAUAUAUUGACAAAGGAUCAGGAAUUUAUCCAGUUUAAUUAUGAAACUAAAUGCUUCAAUAAGAGUGAACCAUUCAAAGACGAAAAAUUAGAUUUCAAUGAUUUAAUCUUGACUUCUCAACAAACAGGAGAUGAUAAAGUAAUUCUGGUUAAUAAAACGUCAAGAAAAAUUUCCUUUUUCUGUGUUAAUCAGAAGAAAUGGAUUGAGAAAUAUCGAAUUAUGAAUGUAAAUACAUGUCCUGAAAGCUCUUCUGUUAACAGAUUAAUCGCAUUCACUUCAACAUUUCUAUCCUUGAAAAAUAUAAAUCCUCUGUAUAAUCAGAACUUUUCUUAACUUUGCACCUUGUUUGUUUCGUUUUUGUUAAGCAAUAAUGAACGGUUGAAUAAUCAGACAAGGUCUGAUUGCUUUCUGAUAACUUGAAACUAUUAACUAUUAAAUUUGAGACUAAUAUAUAGUCAUUUAUGUUAAUUCAUGCAUUUAAUUUAAAUCAUCAGACAGUGUAUUGACAUCCUCGCUUAAUUCAAUCGAACUCUAUCAUUAAAAUGCAUCCACAAGUACCGCAACCUACGUA